UUUUUUUUUUAAUUUUGUAAGCAUAGACUUAAUUGUUGUUGAAUUUUUUAAUUUAAUUUUUUAUUUUGAAACUUUUAACUUUUACAAAAAUGACUUUAAAAACGAAAAAUAAGCCAGUGCAGCCCACUGCACCUGGUCAUCAUGGAUUCUUUGGAGUGCCAUAUUUUAAAACUCAUCUCAUGAUGGAUAAGCGCUGGGAGCCCAAUAACUUGACGAAUCAAUACAAAUGUAUGGCAGAUGUGUUGGAAAAACACUAUCAAUACAAAAAACAUGAAAAUGACGCUGUCAAAAAACGAUAUUUACGAGAAAACAGAAGCCUUAGACAACAAUGCCGCGAUGGAAGAGUUAAAUUACAAAUGGCCUUGCAUACGACUAAUUCGAAAAAGAUUCGAAAUUACUUAAUGAACUACAAGGAUAUGCAACGUUUGUAUCAUUCGAUGCCUAUUCAUAUGGUUGAGGAUAAUAUUAAUCAGAAAACUUUUGUUCUGAGGAAGGAAAGGGAUCGAUUGAAAAAUAGAUUGAAUCAACUUGUUGUAGGUUAUGAGGAAAAAUUGGUUGAAAAAGCCAACCUAGAGAACCGUAUUAAAUAUCAAAAUGAAUUUGUUCUCGAUGAAGAAAUCCAAUCCAAGCAAAUUCGCAACAAAAUCGAAUGUUCUAAUGUUCGUUUAAAUGCCAUUAAAACUCUUAAUGACGCCUACAAAAGGACCAUCAAACUUUUGAUAACCGACGAAAUAUAUUACGAACCAAUCUUGAGGUCACUCCAGAAAGAUAUCGAUAAUCAGGCACAAUUUACAAAUUACAUAAUCGAGCUUGGAUUGCCGGCCAUUACGAAAUUGCAAGAGAUCACUGAGCAGCAUCGGAAACUAGAGGACAAAGCACGUCGGAAUAUUUCAUCGAAAUUGCAAUGGGUACAGAAUUACAAGAAACGAGCUCAACAACGUCAGGCUGAUUUGCGAAAGUUACAGGCCAAAGGAGAGGGAACCAUAAAUUACUUCAAACGAUACGUUAGAGAGACUCCAAGUAUGAUGGAACUUAAAUGGGAACUAGAGUCGAUUGAGACAACAAUUAAACGGGUGAAAUUUGCCACAUUGUGUUCCAAGGCCACAGAAGUAUAUCCAAGAAUUAAGAAACAAAUUGAAGAUAAUCAAAGAUUGCAUAAGGUCCUGGAUGGGGAUAUGGUUGUGCAUCAAUCAACGGAGAAAAAACUUGAACGAGCUGAUGUAAUGAGAGGAAUUUUGGAACACAAUUUAACUAAAGAAGAGUUGGCACGAAUUGAUAAAAUUAAGUAUUUAAAGGAUCAAAUUAAACAGGAAAAGAUUAUUGAAGAAGAAGCCAUUGCAUAUCUUAAAGAACGAGGACAAAUUUUUCUAUUAAUAAGGUAUGUUUUGUGGAAUUACAAUGAAAUCUUAAGAAAUGUGCUCCGUUCACAUAAGACUUUGAAAAUACAGUUUCCAACAAUAGACUUGAAACUACCAUUAUUGAAGUUUGAAAAUCGUACUAUGGAAGCUUAUCCACCAGAUGGUUAUGAAGAAAAAAUUGACUCUCUUUUACAAAAUUUCAAAAAAAGAGUUAUUGCAAUUAUGGCAGUUUAUAAAGAACAAAUAAGUAAGGAAGUCGGAUUGGGUUUGGAAAAAGAAUAUCAUGAAUUAUUUUUGAAUAGUCUUGAUGUUGAAGAUGAUUGGUCCGAAAAAGAUUUAGAUGAUCCAGAUGUCGACGAGACCCAGGAACGUAAGCUAAGUCAAAAUGUACCAACUCGUAAGCAACUAAAACAAAUCAGUGCCAAAAUGGUGGAAGAGCUUUCAAAGAAAGAUGAUUAGCAGAAUAUCAGUACGAAAAUAUUGUCUUCUUAAAAAAAACUCAUCCAAAUAGUUCUGUUUCAAUGCGUUUCUCGUAAAAAUCUUACAAAUCCCAAAUAUUGUGAACAUAAAAAUUUAAAUUCUUGAUUAUAUCUUUUCCGUUGCAGUUUCGGUACUUUUGUUUGAUCUCUCAAGAAAUUUCAAUCCACCGAUGUUUUUUUUUUGUAUUUCAUUGUCCAAUUAAUUGAAAACAAACCGAUUGAAUAAAACCGUCUUUAUUGGUAUAACCAAAUAAAUUGUUAA